CUGGAAGUGGUGGUCGCAUUAUGCAGCGCUUCUACAGUCCACAGCAGUUCUGAAAUACUUUGAGACGGUCAGAGCCUAGAGGCGCUAAAAUCGCUUCUUCUGUUCGUCACAUCAGGUUCUGUUUAUAGACAGGCGGGUCGGAGAGGGGGAACCAUGGAAGGAGUGCGGCACGUCCUGGAGGAUGCGCGCAGCUGGCUGGAAGGCUCGGUCGCCGCUACUAGCAUCUUCACAACCCUGGGCUUCUCCCUAGGCGACAUGCUCGAGUCCCUUAGAGUUCAAUCGCUCUUCAUGCCAAAGCAAACGAGGCAGCCAAACCUAUUUGCGGCUAUCGGCCUGCCCACUCUUCUGGUCACUUUAGCCAUCGGACUUGUUCCCCUGCUCUACUUGCUCUACAAUGCCGUCGUGAGAAACUUUUCGGGGGGGCGCAAGCAGAGGGAUCCGGGCCCACGGCGGUACCCCCUGGUGGGCAACAUGUUUGAGACAAUAAGGAACAUUGACAGGAACGUGGACUGGAUCAUGGAAACGCUGCAGAAGGAGGACUCGUCGUGGAUCCGUCUGUCGUUUCCAGGGGCAAAUGCGGUUGUUGUGACAGACCCCCGGGACCUGGAGCAUGUGCUCAAGACCAACUUUGCAAACUAUCCCAAAGGCCCCGAGUUCCACGGCCUUCUGGGAGAGUUGCUGGGCGACGGCAUCUUCAACGCGGACGGGGAUUCGUGGCGCAUGCAGCGCAAGGCGGCCAGCCACGAGUUCUCCACGCGCUCGCUCAAGGAGCUCAUGCUCACCACCUUCAACAACAAGGUCAACGGAGCGCUGCUGCCGCUUAUUGGGGCCUUUGCGGAGAAGGGGGUGCCUUUUGACCUACAGGAAAUUUUUCAGCGCUACACGUUUGACACCAUCUGCUCCAUGGGCUUUGGGGUAGACCCCGGGUGCAUUGCUCCCGAUCUCCCGGCCAUCCCCUUCGCCCGGGCCUUCGACGAUGCCCAAGAAGCACACUCGCGCCGCUUCAUGAUGCCCCAAGUGGUGUACAAGGUGAAGCGGUUCCUGGGGAUUGGCACCGAGCGGCUGCUUGCGGAGGGGGUCAAGAAGAUCAAUGAAUUCGCAUACGGGGUCAUCCGGCAACGAAGGGAGGAGCUGGCAGGGCCGUCCCCCCCAGAGCGCGAGGACCUGCUGUCGCGGUUUAUGGCUGUGGUUGACCGGGAGGACGCCCCGGGCACUACGGAGCACGGAAGAGAGGGAGCCCCAAGCACAUCCGACAGGUUCCUCCGGGACAUCAUUCUCAACUUCAUCCUUGCGGGACGGGACACGACGGCCGUGACGCUGACGUGGUUCUUCUGGGUGCUGACUCAGCGGCGCGACGUGGAGCAGAAGGUUUUGGACGAGGUCGAGAAGAUAGCUGCGGGCAAAGGGCCGGGGUGGGCAGGCGCGUUCGACUUCGAGGACCUCCGCUCCAUGACGUACCUCCAGGCCGCUCUCUCCGAGACGCUGCGCCUGUACCCAGCCGUGCCGUCUGACGUCAAGUACGCCGUCGCGGAUGACGUCAUGCCAAGCGGCGCGACUGUAAAAGCAGGCUACCGGGUGGCGUACCACCCGUACUCCCAGGGCCGCAUUGUAAAGAUAUGGGGCGCGGACGCGCUGGGGUUCAAGCCUGAGCGGUGGAUCGAUGCGGAGGGACACUACAUCCAACAUUCGCCGUACAAAUUCCCCUCGUUCCAGGCGGGGCCGCGGAUCUGCCUGGGCAAGGACAUGGCGUAUCUCCAGAUGAAAGUGGUCGCCGCUUCUCUCCUCCGGCGGUUCAAGUUCUCCGUUGUCCCAGGUCAUGUCGUCUUUUACAGGACGACCAUUGUCCUGACCAUGAAAUAUGGUCUACAAAUGACGGUCGAGCGUCGCAAAUGAGUCAGGACCACCGGACUGGGUCGAGGCGCCCUUGUACAUGGACGGAGCGCUUCGUUGCUUGAAGAUCGAUCGACAACGUGAAAGAGAUCACUUCGUACAUGAUUAGCGCUCAAUUGGAUUGAGCAAGCGCUAUCCUCGGAUAUGAACUCGAGUCGCUCUAGUUGUACAGUGCCAGAAAAGCUUUGGGUGUGAUUGACAUGCAGUGCUUCCGUCGUGUGUGUGUAGCUUUGGUGACUUGAGAGGCGCUUCAAGCAUUGCUGGCACGAAUAACGGGCAGGUCAUUGGUGCCACAGUUUUCAAACGUACG